AUGGCUGAUCCAGGGCCAUACCUACCCACCUCCGACAUGUCAUACGAAGAUUCAAACUCACAAGACACUACAGUCUAUUUUCCAUAUGAGAUCGAAGAGCCUGAUGACGAGCCGACCUUCUUCAUUUCAAGGCCUGGACUGCGACGCCUACCUGAUUACAUGGAUUACUGGCAGCGCGAGCUCAUCAAGUGUAUAGAGGAUCUAAAUUCAGAUCCGGAGUAUGCCGAGAGGAUUCUUUUAGAAAAUCCAAGGGGCCAGAAAAGAAAGUCAGCAGAUACAUGUCAUCUUCAGACGUCUUCAGACGCGCAAUCACAAAGAUUCACAUCAAUGAUGAGGUCUGAUGAACAGCCUCACAAUCCAGGUGCUGGUCCAAGAAGAAAAAGACUGCGCAUCAAAUCAAAGGAAAAUGCUACCACUGUUCAUUCUCUACAUGAUUUCCGCGAGGCACGCUCCAAUUGGAGUUCGAGUUCGGGUUCCGAGAUCGAUGACGAUACAAUGGAUGAAUCUGCAGCCACCGAUGAUAUGGAUAUCGAUUAA